CAAGCAAUCCAGUAGAGCACUUUCACUUUGAGCGAGUGAGGACACAGAGUGGCCAGAGGGAGAGAUAGACAAGAGCAGGCCAGUGUCUCUCCCGCUUUAUCCAUUAACCAGUUUCGAGGGAGAGAGGAGUGGUUCAAAUUGGGCUGUUCAAGAAGAUUCUAGGUCAGUAGUGAGAGAGUGAAAGGGAAAAAGAUAUAGUAAAAAACAAACAAAAGAUUACAUAGGAAAAGGCUGCAGCCACUCAGGCUUAAGUGGGAAAAUCCAAAGUGAGAGAGCAGGAUGGCGUGAGAGGAUAAAUGAGGUAUUUAUUGGAAAGUACCAAAAGGACUCCAAAGGAAGGACUUUUUAAGGGAUGUCAACAAGAAGAGUAAAUAUCAGACGGUGAAAAAGAAGACACAGCAGCGCACUCUGUGUCAAAGACCUGAAGAAACCACAGAGGAGGAAACUUUGCCUUUCACAGACUGACACAGAAACACGUCUGCAGAGAGAUUGCCCUCAACAAGAGAAAUGGAGAAGUGUCCAUUCUUAGAAAGAUAAAAGGAUGUCACUGCCAGUUUUGCUGUUGCUAUCACUCUUGACUGUCCGAUGUGGUGGAUGUGACUUUGACAGGGAAGGUGUGAAAAAUAUUAAAAGGACAAUCGACUCUAAUCCAACUGGAUUUCGGACAGUAUUUCCUAAAGAUUACUAUGUAGUGCACCGCUACACAAAAAGAAUGCUCUGCGACAGGGACCCGUGUUGUGUGUUCCCUGCUGCAGUUGUCCUGCUUGAAUCCUGGCAUGUGCUUCUCGGAAACAUCUGGGAUGAGCACCUAAAUCACUCCUUAAUCCUUGAUCUAAAGCUGACCCUGGUUAAAAUUAUAAAAAGGAACAAAAAUACAGAGAGGUUCCAGGAGGAGACGGACCUGACCCAGUUCUCCCCACUAUCUUCUUCUCCUGAAGAACUCCUCAAGCUAACAUCAGAACUGCUCACUCGAUGGCUCGAUGUCGCCUGCCUACCUACAAUUGAAACCUGCACCCUGCCCACCUUGCCCCCCACUCUUGAGAGGAAGGACUAUGGCCCGUCGAGGGCCAGACUCUUGACAACUCGAGCUCUCAGCAGUGAGGAGGAGGGGGAGUCUGGAAAGAUGAUAGACAAUACGCAGCCUCCGUCCAGCGGUGCUCCUCCGACCCUGUCCUAUGCCACGUCUGUCUGGAGCCCCUUGUUAUUCAGACUGUACUGGUGGCUGUUGCCAUAGUUACUCCAAGGAUCUUCUUUUUUUGAUGAUGCACACAAAAUGCAAGAAAUUUCCUGGCACUGAAUGUUUGUUUUCUUAUACAUGUGUCUUUGCGUUUUAAUGCAGUAAGCUUUGUUAAUAUGAAGUGACAUGCACCGGUUGCAUUUAAUGUCCAAAGUUAAUCACGAAGCCGUGCAACAUUUUUCUUUAACAACUGAUAUCACAGAUAUAAACUUAUAGCCAUCCUCUCUCGAGCAAAGCCACAAGUUCCAGCUAGCUAUGCUCUACAUGCUAACCAGAGAUAAAUGCUGAGCAGCCAAUGCACACAAACCAUCGUCUAUUGAUGUGGAAUUCAUCACUGUUUACAAUGAAUGUUAUGUAAAUGUAAGAUAUUACAGAUUAUGGGCGUUUACUUUUGUAAAUAAUUGUAAAUUAAAGACAUUUAGAUAUAUAUAUAUAUAUAUAUAUAUAUAUGUAUAUGUAUAUAUAUAUAUAUAUAUAUAUAUAUAUAUACAUAUAUAUAUACAUUGUUAGUUUUUGAUAUAUUAUCCAAUGUUUUAAGCUAUAUUUAUUGUUGUCUGUGCUGUUUGUCAUCAGUAACUAAAAGUAACAAAGUACAUAUAAUCAAGUAAUGCACAAUGUCUAGGUACUUGUACAUACUUUACUGGAUUAUUUUUAUUUUAUGCUAUUUUUUCUAUUCUUCAACAUUUUAAAAGGGAAUGAUUUGACUUUUUUUCCCCACUCCAUUUAUCUGACAGGUAUAGUUAAGUCAUUAAAAUGAGCUCAAACAGCAAAAUUCUGCCAUAUGCAAUGCAUCAACAAUACUAACAUUAUUAUAGCGUAAACAUCACAGAGAGCAUUUUUCUGCAUAUAUUCCUUCAGUUUUUAAUAUAUUUUACAAAUAAUGCUUACAUAAAUAUUUUUGAAUGUAUGUUUGAGUGACUAAUUUCACUUUGUGGCAUUGCUAUGUUUGUCUAAGUAAAACAUCUGUUUGUCAGUAAAACACUUUACAUUCA